UCAAGCUGUCUGUUUCUUUAACUGGCUGUUCUGAGUCAACUACUUUAUUAUGUUAUUACAGUUUUUGCACGACCAUCCUUUGGCAGUCAUCAAUAAGCAGUAAAUUAUGCCAAACGUUGGGUAAAUAUUCCUAUUAAAGGUGUUUUAACCUAAUCACCAGGCUCUGCACUGGGUAUCACGCUCUGCCAUCAUAAAUCUAAUGGACCCCCUGAAUGACAACACAUUAUCUAUCCCUGACCCAACAUACCUUUUAAAUCCUACUCUCACCAAAGCAAAGAGCAAAAACUCUGCAGCUUGACUCAGCUUUAUAUCUACAUUGCACCUGUUAGGCUAAACUGCAGUUCUGUGGUGAGCCCCGCUGGCUUGACGAGGCAGUCUUAUAUAAAUGCCGUGGCCCUCGCAGUAAUCCAGCUGUCAUCCCUGCUCUGUGAUAUUUAUGGUAGCUUGGAUUAAAACUGUCUCGAAUUAAGCAAUUUAAAAAUAUAUGUUAAAAAUAAGAUGCAAUUUCUUUCCAAAGUCUUUAUAAUAACAGUGAAGUAAUUCACACAUAUCUUUACAUGGAAAACCAGAACAAAUCUGAAACCCUCACUGUAAACUAAAGCCAUUGUAUACACUGAAAAAAAACCUGAAGGUUAAUGUCUUGACCUUUCAUCAAAUUAGCCACGUCCUUCAGGGGUUUCAGUUUCCACAGAUCUGUGGAUGAUAAGGUCAGACAAUGCUCUUUGGUUUGAGACGGUGAAUUCCUUCAGCUUCUGUGAGGUUUAGCACUUGCAAAGAUUUUAAUUUACUCAAGUGAGCUAAACAAAAAUGUAAUGGGUUGAUGCUAAACUAGACUCCUUUAGAGUAGAUUUCACUGACUUCAGGUUGUUGUUCCCUGUACAGAUUUAGUCUGUCCUCAAAAAAGCAUACACGAUUACACAGCUGUCCUCUGUUGACUUUACGUUGCUGCCAUCACACAUGUGUUUUAGAUUUCAUGUAUGUGAAACAAAUAGAAGGACGUUUUUUUUUUUUUUUUCAGACUUGUGAACAGAUACUGUACAAGACAUAUACAGUUUUAUUUGGUGUAAAGACUGAAAAUGCACCUGCACUUAUGAUACUUAUUUACCAGAAUCCCUGUGUAUGUCUUUUAACGUAUCAUAUUUGUAUUUUUAAAUGUUUUUUUUAUGUAUGUGUGUAACUGAAUUGCCUAUGUGUACUUCUGUUUGCACACUCACUUGCCUUAAAUUGCCCCUUGAGGGACGAAUAAAGUAUUUUGAAUUUAAUUAAACCCUAAAUUACAUUAAGUAUGAUUUGAAUAAAAUGGAAAGUGUAAGAAAAUGUUGCAUUUUGGGAAUGAUUUAGGUGUUUUACUUUAAUGAUUUGUCAAUGGGAUUGAGAAAAAAGGUUGACCUAAAUGCUGCGGAACUAGAUUGAAUUCUCUGUAGCUGCCAGUUGCACUGCAAGAUCUGUAAAAACCCUCAGUGGAAUUCACAAAGUGUUGGACUCUUUUGGGCUCUGUUGUAACCGUCGCAGUGAGCACAAAGUGCUAUUCAUAGUCCGGAUACUUGAGACACUUGGCAAAUCGAAAACUCCUCCUUCGAGUGUAAAUGUCUUAACUGAAAAAAAAAAUCAGUAAAGCAAAUAAUCUGAAAUAAUUACAACUUUUAAAAGGUGGACUGAAUUUCAUAGCCACGCAGAAACAGGCCAUUAUAGUCAUGCCUGGUGUAGCUCUCUAAUUCUUCUUUUUUCAUGUCCAGCAUGCUCAUGUUUCAUUCAUUUAAGUCCACUUGUGCAUGCACACAGCCCAGAAUCCCACUGGACAUAUCUGGUUUCAUCUAAAAACAGAGUUCAUUGUUCACUGCGAUGAUACUGAACACUGAAACAAACAAUAUGUCUGUUGUCAGCCUGCUGUCCUGGAUUAUCUCCCACUUAUCAGGUGCAUUUUAUUAAGGUGGCUGAAUGAGAGGGCUGGUUGGUUCUGCUACCUCAGCUGGUGGGACGGGCUACAGAGCCAUUCUGGAUUUGGUACCUGUGACAUAGACCUGCACACUUGAGAUACUUGCCACAGCGCAGCAGAAGCAAAAGAUGGUUUUUCUCACAACUAAAAUCAUGCAAAGGACUGCACUCUUUGUGACGUCAGGGGGUUUGAUCACGUCUCUCAUCACCGCCUUCCUUCCAUUUUGGAAGACAAUGAACUCUGACCUGAACGAAGUGGAGAACUGGUUCUCUGGGCUGUGGCACACCUGCCUCUACACCGAGGAGGUGGGAAUUCAGUGUAAGGCCUACGAGUCCAUCCUGGGACUGCCGAUGGACCUGCAGAUCUCCAGGGUGCUCAUGUCAGUGUCUAUUGGCACUGGAGGUUUAGCUCUGCUGGCUGCCUUCCCAGGACUGGAGGGGGUUCAGAUGUGCAUGGGGCGACCUGGACUGAAGAGACAGCUCGUCAUCCUCGCCGGGGUGCUAUCCUGGGUGUCAGGGCUCACCACCCUGGCUCCUGUCUCUAUUGUGGCCUACACAACUCUGGUGGAGUUCUGGGACGAAGGUUUUCCUGAUGUGAUGCCACGCUGGGAGUACGGAGAGGCAAUGUUCUCUGGAUGGUUCGGAGGUUUGGCACUGGUCAUCGGAGGGACUCUCUUCUUUGUAGCUGUGUGCAUGGGGGACUUCGACCAGAGACCACCAAGUGUGCCAAACAGCCCGCAGGUUAAGCACAGGACAAAGCACUACCUGAAGACAGAGGUGUUAUAGAUUUCUUAUUGCGCAUUCAUGUACUUCAUUCGGAGGCCUGUGGGAGAUAAUGAAAUGACUUGUGAAAUACUACAGUGGCUCUAUUUGUGUGACUGGCAUGAAUAACAUUUCUGACUGAAGAAACAUGGAAGCUAAAUGGCUGUUUGUGUGUUAUUGUUCAUUUCUAAGUCAAAUUGUUACUGAAAGUACACCUUUCUGCAAUCUUCGCUUCUGGUUUAUAGAGAGAUUGUUUUCACAAACUAUUAAAAGUAAUGUGAGAUAAUAA